AAAACUAAGUUCACGUGAUCAGAUCUCAAAAAGUCGUAGAACCAAUACAUAUCAUACAAAGCAAACAAGCUUUACAACUUGUCUUUCUCUCUAUCUCCUUUCUCUUUUAACUCAUCAACACAUCUCUCUACACAAAAGUUUUUUCAAGAAACAAAGAAUAAUAAUUCACAAAUGAAGAGAUUACAUCCAUCAAGAUCGAUCUCAGUAGCUCUGUUUCUGGUUUUAUUAGCUUUCUUUAGCAGCAAGUUUCACACAGAGGGACUCCGAGAUUUGAGAGAUUUGCAGAUAAGCAAGGAGAUGAAGGAGAAGUCUCUUGGAGGUAGCUUACGAAAAAUCCCAAGGAGUCGAUACAGCCCAAUACAAAACAAGAGAGGUCCAAGUAGGAAACAUCAGAUCACAUCAAGAGAACCAUAGAUUCUUCUCAAAUUGUUGUUUUUUGUUUUACUUAGAUCUUUUGGUUUUUUCUUUUUUCUUUUUUGGUUGUAGAAAUAGUAUUGCCUGCACUUGUUUGUGAAUGCUUCAAUGUAGAGUUUGAUACUAGUACUCUUCUAAAAAUGUCUUACUUUGACACUGUUUUAAUGAGUCCAGGCUCAUUGUUUAGACCUCUAAGGAGUGUUUAUUGGAUUUUGUAGAAUUGUAAAAGAUCGUCAUGUACAUACAGAAUAAUUACUUGCUUUUAAUUAGUUUUUUAUCUGCGAAAUCUUCAAGAACUUGUUGG